CUAGUGUAAGUCGUCAAAAUGGCGUCUGUUUUUCAGCGAAUUUUCACUUGUCAAAAUUCUCUUAAUCUCGGAAAGAAAUUGCCUGGAUCAGUGCUUUCCUCAAGGCCAUUUAGCUUUCGAGUCCAUGGAAGAAACGAAAAUGCAAAACACAGUACUGGACAACAACUUUCAAGAGAUUACCCUGUAGUGGAUCAUGAGUAUGAUGCAGUGGUGGUUGGAGCUGGUGGUGCAGGUUUAAGAGCAGCAUUCGGUCUUGCAAAUAAGGGAUUCAAAACUGCUUGUAUCACUAAACUUUUCCCAACACGUUCUCAUACUGUGGCUGCUCAGGGAGGUGUAAAUGCAGCUCUGUCUAACAUGGAAUCAGAUAGAUGGGAAUAUCACUUUUAUGAUACCGUGAAAGGAUCUGAUUGGUUAGGCGAUCAAGAUGCCAUCCAAUACAUGUGUGAAGAAGCCCCAAAAGCUGUUACUGAGCUAGAGAACUUUGGCAUGCCCUUCAGUCGAUUGGAGAAUGGCAAGAUUUACCAGAGAGCAUUUGGUGGGCAGAGUUUGGAUUUUGGAAAGGGGGGACAAGCGCACAGAGCUUGCUGUGUGGCAGAUAGGACAGGACAUUCCAUGCUUCAUACACUCUAUGGGAGGUCACUGAAAUAUGAUGCUGACUACUUCAUCGAGUACUUCGCCCUGGAUCUCAUCAUGGAGAAUGGACAGUGUAAAGGUGUCCUGGCCCUCUCUCUCGAAGAUGGUAACAUUCAUCGUUUCAGAUGCAACAAUACUGUCCUAGCUACUGGUGGAUAUGGUAGAUGUUACUUCUCGUGCACUGGAGCUCACACCUGCACUGGCGAUGGGAAUGCCAUGGCAAACAGAGCUGGCAUCUACAACCAGGAUAUGGAGUUUAUCCAAUUUCAUCCCACUGGUAUUUAUGGAGCAGGAUGCUUGAUUACAGAAGGUUGCAGAGGUGAGGGUGGUUUCCUUGUGAACAGCAAGGGUGAACGAUUCAUGGAGAGAUAUGCUCCCAAUGCUAAGGAUCUGGCUUCCAGGGACGUUGUAUCCAGGUCUAUGACUAUUGAGAUCAGAGAAGGAAGAGGUGUAGGCAAGGACAAAGACCACAUCUACCUGCAACUUUUCCAUCUGCCCCCUGAGCAACUUCAUGCUCGUUUGCCUGGAAUUUCUGAAACUGCAAUGAUCUUUGCUGGGGUUGAUGUAACUCGUGAACCAGUCCCUGUCCUACCUACUGUUCACUACAACAUGGGUGGCGUCCCUACCAACUAUCUUGGACAAGUCGUCCAGUCUAAGAAUGGACAGGAUUAUAUUGUUCCUGGAUUGUUUGCAUGUGGUGAGGCAGCCAGUACAUCCGUUCACGGUGCUAACAGGUUGGGAGCCAACUCCUUAUUGGAUCUCGUUGUCUUUGGUCGUGCAUGUGCUAAUACUAUUGAGACACUCAAUAAGCCAGGAGAUCCUGCUCCACGUAUUGACCAGAAUGCUGGUGAGGCGACAGUUGCCAACCUGGAUGCCAUCAGACAUGCAAAGGGAACAAUAUCAACUGCAGAUCUCAGGCUGAAAAUGCAGAAGGUGAUGCAAGAGUAUGCAGCAGUUUUCCGUGAUGGGCCAACACUGAAGACUGGAUGUGAGAAGUUGUCUGCACUCUACAAGGAGCUACCUAAUCUCAAGACAACAGAUCGUGGAAUGAUCUGGAACUCUGAUCUGGUAGAAAGCCUGGAACUUCAGAAUCUCAUGAUCAACUCCAUGCUGUCUGCAUUCACUGCAGAGAAUCGUAAAGAGAGCAGAGGGGCACAUGCCAGAGAAGACUUCCCUACAAGAAUCGACGAGCUUGAUUAUUCAAAACCGCUGGAAGGUCAAAAGAAGAAAACAUUUGCUGAGCACUGGCGCAAGCACUCGCUUGCUCAUGUGGAUGUUGCUACUGGGAAGGUGUCGAUUGAUUAUCGUGCUGUCAAUGAUAAAGUCCUCGACAGCAGCAAAGUUCAGACCAUACCGCCGAAAAUCCGUUCCUACUAAACAAUCAUUCAAUUAAUUAAUUGAUUGUUAAUUGAUCAAUCAAGUAAUUAAUUCAUAUAAGUAGGUUGGUUUUCUUCAGUUAGGAUACUGGUAAACUAAUUAUAAAUUUAUACAUACAAAGAUAUAGGUAGAUACAAUAUUAUACGAGGAGAAGGAAAAUAUUAAUAACAGCUACGGAUCAUUUGUUGUGCGUGUUGUUUUAUAAUUUUAAAUUUUUUUCUCUUCAGUUCUGUUGAAGGUUUUCCAUGAUACUUUAUUAUUUUGUUUUUCUAUUUAAGUUAUUAAACUAAAAAUGGCUUAUGAGUAUCACUGAAUACUUAUUCUAGCUAGCUACGAAACAUUUAGAUAAGAUAACAAAACUACAUUUUUGUAACGUAAAUUAAUUGAUUAAAUGCUAAAAUAUUUUUAGGGUUUGUUUUUAAUUGAUUAAUUACAUCAAGAGAUGUGUCAAUGAAGAUGAUAGAGUUAAUCUUUUUUGUUAAAUGUGGUUACGAUGUUUAAUGAGUAAUUUGAAGAUUUUUUACCUUAUUGUUUCAUUAUUUUGCUUCAAUUUUAUAAUAUAUUUGUUUGUUUAGGUGAAAAUUUGUUCAUUAGUGUAAUCUCGAUGAUAAAAUAAUUUUUUGAAGCUUGUUCUGUUUACAUUUGUUACUUUCAUUUACUGUUUCUUUGUCACUAAGUACAAUUAUAAAUAAAUAAUUCAUAGUUGUAUUAUUAUUAUUGUGCUAGUUUUUUUUAUUAUAUGUGAUAAAUAAUUUCGUUUUUUCGUGUUUUUAUUAAAAUUUUCAACUUAAUCUGCAAUAAUAUCCUAUCCAUUGCUA